UAGGUGACAACAAUGUCUUGAAAUCGAUGUGAAUAAUAGAAGAUUGUCCAAAGCCACCUUAGCCAAAUUACUGUAGUUUUUACACCGAAUGUCUACCCAAAAGCUAACGAAAUGGUUACCUUCCGCCUUGAAAAAGUUUCGAGCGAACAGACGACCCAUCGAUUUGGUUGGUCACAAUGUGCUGGGCAUUGAAGACCUGAUGCAACGAGAAAAGAUCAGCAAGAUCCUUAUCGAGCCAAUGGCAGUAGACCAACAUCACCAAGCAGUACAAAUACUUAAAGAGCAUUACCUGAGAGAGCAUGUUCUCAUCCGUGCACAUGGCAUGAAUGUGAUGCAUGACAAUGCGCUUGAUGAGUACCUCUACAAUCUACUUAGGCAGGGAAACACCAUAUGCGCGAAAACCUAUGAUGGCACCCCGGUGGGCAUUUGUGUGAACACCGUCAGCAAUUCCGUCGACCCUAAGAUUCUGAAAGACUAUGCCCAUUACAGACAGGACCCCGCUACGAAGGAGUUCUUGAGCUUCAUUGCCAAAUUACAGGAGACCCCCAACCUUUGGGACGUGUUUAAGGUCCCCAAAAUAUUCGAGAUUAAAAUGCUGACAGUUAUCCCAAAAUACCGCCGACGGGGGUUAGCCACGAUGCUAGCGGAGAGUUCCAAUGAGAUGGCAGACACGCAGGGCUAUGACGUCGUUCGGAUGGACUGCAUCAACCCUCACGAUUACAAGAUAGCGGAGCGCCUCCUCUUCCACUGCAUGGCGAAGAUCCCGCUAAAGGUUCUGCAUGCACGCAACCAAAUUGGCCACGGCGAUCAUUACACACCCGUCGGUUACGUACGGGUGUACGUUGGCGCGCGCUCGCGCGACCAUCCUGACUCCGAGCUCAAGAAGAAACGCAGGGAACUGGAGAGCCUCGUCGAGUAGCUAUAGAUUGUGGAAUAUUUAUGAGUGAUCGGUUCAAUGGGUAGUUAAUAAAGUAACGAAACUCGUAUGCAACUUACAUCGUCAAUAUUAGACACUAGCAGAGAUCUGUGCCAUGCGUCGACGUUAAAUGUUAAAGUAGAAAUUUAUAAUUUGGAUGUUACCUAUAUUAAACACUAUGGC